CUACUCUAUCCAUCUAUCAUCCAUCCAUCCAUCCGUUUAAGAAUGCCUCCAUCCAAUAAGAAGUCCACUGGUAAGAAGGUUGCUCCUGCUCCUUAUCCUAUUAAAAGCAAGCAAGCUCCCAAAGUUUCCGCCAACCCUUUGAUCGAAAAGACUCCCAAGAACUUCGGUAUUGGUCAAGACGUUCAACCUAAGCGUGAUGUUUCACGUUUCGUUAAGUGGCCCAAGUAUGUUCGUCUUCAACGUCAAAAGAAGAUUAUCUACCAACGUCUUAAGGUCCCUCCUGCCAUUAACCAAUUCACUCAUGUUUUGGAUAAGAACACUGCUACUCAACUCUUCAAAUUGAUGCACAAGUACAGACCCGAGAGCAAGACUGAAAAGCGUGAUCGUCUUCGUGCUAUUGCUGCUGCUAAGGCUGAGAAGAAGGAAGUGCCUAAGACAGAUAAGCCUAUGGUUGUUAAAUAUGGUAUUAACCACAUUACUGCUUUGGUUGAAGCUAAGAAGGCACAAUUGGUUGUGAUUGCUGAUGAUGUUGAUCCUAUUGAAUUGGUUCUCUGGCUUCCUGCUCUCUGUCGUAAGAUGGGUGUUCCCUAUUGUAUUGUUAAGGGUAAGGCUCGUCUCGGUGCUCUUGUUCACAAGAAGACCGCUACUGCUCUUGCCUUAACCGAUGUUGCUGAAGCUGAUAAGGCUGAAUUAGCUACCCUUGUCUCUGCUGUCAAUGCUAACUUUACCGAAAAGUGGGAUGAGUCUCGUCGUCAUUGGGGUGGUGGUAUUAUGGGUCCCAAGUCUAAUGCUAAGAUGGCUAAGCGUGCUGCUGCUGCCGCUAAGGAAAUUGCUGCUCGUCAGUAA